AUGACGGACAUUCUUUCAAAGUAUAAAAAUACACACUUUACUGAACUCCCUACUCCUGCAUUUAUUAUCAAUGAAGAUAAGUUCAAUUUGAAUUGUCAGGCAAUGCUUAAGAGCGUAAACGACUUACGUCUUAAAACAGGAAAAAAUAUUCUAUUUCGCCCACAUGUUAAGACACAUAAGACAGGCCAAGGAACUGUAAGACAACUAGGACAUGGAGUGAUCAACCAUUAUGAAAGAAAUACAGGUUCUAUUUUAGUCUCGACAUUUAGUGAAGCACGAGGGAUAUUAGAUUAUCAAGAAUCAUUUGGUGAGAAAUAUGUUGACGAUAUAGCUUUCAGUAUACCAGUUUGCAUUCCCCAGUAUAUGACACGACUUGCCAAUACAGCUAAUAGAGUAAAGACUCUGAGAGUUUUUGUGGACAACGAGGAACAUCUAAAUAACCUAGUUGAAUAUGGAAGAUUGCCUGGAGACAAAAAGUGGUCCCUUUUUGUAAAGUUAGACAUGGGAACACAUAGAGCUGGUGUUGUGACGGAAUCCUCAGAGUUCCAAUCCCUGUUGAAGAAAAUUCUCUCCAAGGAUGUCAAGGAAGUUGCCGAGCUUUACGGAUUUUAUGCCCAUUGCGGCCACAGUUAUCAUGCUUCUUCUGCUUCUCAAGCGUAUCAGUACUUCGAGGAUGAACUAAAGGCCGUCAACAAUGCAGCUAAAAAGGUAGUUGAUAUGGAUGAAUCCUUACUUGCAAAAUCCUUAGUUUUAUCUGUUGGUGCUACACCUACAACUACAGCAGUCCUACAUGCCAAACCAGAUUUAACCGAAUAUAUCAGAAACGAACUCAUUGGGACUUUGGAAGUUCAUUGUGGAAACUAUUGUUUGUAUGAUUUGCAGCAGGUAUCAACUGGAUGUGUUGCUCCCAAAAAUGUUGCUGGCUUUGUGCUAGGGAGUGUUUUGUCAUCUUACCCAACAAGGGCAGAAAUGUUAACGGAUACAGGUGUCUUAGCUUUAUCGCGAGAAACGUCCACUAUUGCCGGAUUUGGAUACUGUAUCAACCCAGAUGAAAUACUAAAUGAUAAGUUCACCUCUAAAGGAGAGUGGUAUGUGGAUAGAUUAUCACAAGAACAUGGAAUUCUUAAACCACAUGCAGAGGUUAAUUGUCCCAACCUAUUAAAACUAGGUUCCAAAGUUACCAUUUUACCACAACAUGCUUGCAUCACCAUGGCACAGUUUUCAUAUUAUUUUAUUGUUAACAAAAAGGGAACUGUAGUUGAUGUCUGGACACCAUUUCAAAAAUGGUAA